AUGCCUCCGAAGCUGGCCACGAUCCCAUCCCAUGCUGUGCUCAUUGACCUCACAGCAGGGUCAGAGCACUUGCUCUCACCUGAUGCUUCGCCUGCGCAUGGUACCUCCGAAGCGUCGGAAGACGUCGGAAAUCAAAACAUCCCCUCUUGGAGCAGACAACAGAGCCCAUGUUCUGUGCUGUCAGUGGCCUCUUCGGGGAGAUUGUUUGCGGAGCCCCAGCAGACUCUGCUCUUCCUGGAUUGGGACGACACGAUGUUCCCCUGCACGGAGCUCUUCUACAAGCGUGGCUUACCGAAGCGCAGCAAGGAUUGGACGCCUCCGGACCCUGAGCUUCUGGCCGCUUUGGAGCCCUGGCAAAGGGCAGUCAAGGAAUUCCUUGGCCGCGCCUGCGCUGUCAGCGACCGCUGCGUCAUCCUGACCAACUCACGCAAGCCUUGGGUCACUUCUUGUCUGGGGCAGUUUGCACCUGAGCUCAAAAGCGCUUUCGAAGGAAGCGAUGGGCCAAUAAUAGUUUAUGCUCCUGAGGUUCUUAAGGAAAAGAUGAAGCAGGAGUCAGAUAAGAAUGCAUGUUGGGAGUGUUUCAAGCCAUAUUUGAAUAGUUGCUGCGGUGGGCUGGCGCAGUUUCUGGAGAACGAGAUGUCUCUGAUGCGUGAGCGGGUACCACAGCCCUUCUUUGACUGCACCCAGGCCAAGCUUACGGCGAUGAAAAGGGAGGCGGCUGAGUUUUAUUCUCAAUAUCCGGGGCAGACGUGGAAGAAUAUCAUAAGUCUGGGGGACAUGUUCUACGAGCACGAGGCAGUAAAGACAUUACAGGCAACUCGUGUACCUCAAGAGCCAAGAGAGCGCUUGAGGACCAAGUCUUUCGUUUUGUGCCCUGAGCCAUCGUUGGCCGCGUUGACAUUGCAGCUUCGAGUCUGGUCGCUGCUGCUACCGCUCUGUGCUCGCUUUGACGGCGAUGUUGAUCUCGACCUCGGGCGGUCUCCCGUUCCUUUCGAGGAUUUGGCUGCAGCCUUCAACCUGCCACAGCUCUCGCGCCUUCAGCUACCGUCUUUCUUCCGAAGCGCCAGGCGAAGAAAGUCUGUUGAAGACAUUUUGGACCCCCGAACCGACUCCGAUGAACUCACCGCAGACGAACAUCGUGCUGCUGAAGAGUUCUUGGAUGAGCUCACCAUCAUUUUACAGGAUGCGGUCCUGAUUCCCAAAUUCAUGAAGGCUGAAUAA